AUGAUGGAGGGAAAGAGAUCAGACUCACCAGAACCCAGCUGUGUGUCCAUGAAGAGUGACAGGUCAAUGAGCCCCCCAGAUAACUUCAGAGACAGAGAUAGUCCUGCUGAUCUGAGAAUGAUGAAGAGAAAGAGAUCAGACUCACCAGAACCCAGCUGUGUGUCCAUGAAGAGUGACCGGUCAAUGAAACACCCAAUUCGCUUCAGAGACAGAGACAGUCCUGCUGAUCUGAGACCACAAAAGAAGAAAUCAAACAUCAGCAGAAAUCAUCUGGAGUCCAUAUUCAAGGAGCUGGAACACAAAGUCAUCAGUGUGAUCCAGAAGGAGCUGAAGAGGUUUAAGAAGCUCCUGAGUCCAGAUUCCCCAGCAUGCUCUGAGAGGGAGGUGGAGGAUGAGGAGGAUCAGAGCAGUGUCAGAGAGGGAGUGCUGAAGAUCACACUGCACUUCCUGAAGAACAUGAACCACACAGAUCUCGCUCACACACUGCGCAACAAACACGUCUCUGUGUAUCAGCAAAAGCUGAAAUCCAACCUGAGAGAGAAGUGCAAAAGAGUUAAUGAAGGAAUCUCACAGCAUGGAAACUCAGCUUUUCUGAACGAGAUCUACACAGAGCUCUACAUCACAGAGGGUUGGAAUGGAGACGUCAAUAAAGAACAUGAGAUGAGACAGAUUGAGACGGCGUCCAGGAGACCAGCAACACAGGAGACACCCAUCAAAUGUAACGAUUUCUUUAAAGGCACGUCCAUCAGAAGCGUGCUGACUAAAGGAGUUGCUGGAAUUGGAAAAACUGUCUCUGUGCAGAAGUUCAUUCUGGACUGGACUGAAGGAGAAGCGAAUCAGGACGUCACCUUCAUGUUCCCACUUCCCUUUAGAGAGCUGAAUCUGAUGAAGGAGAGAAAUCUCAGUCUGAUGAAUCUCCUUCAUCACUUUUUCCCAGAAAUGAAAGAAUUUCGAUUAAUAGACUGUGAUAUGAACAAAGUCCUGUUGAUCUUUGAUGGUCUGGAUGAGUGUCGACUUCCUCUAAAUUUCCAGAACAAUGAGAGAUUGUGUGAUGUGACAGAGUCGGCCUCAGUGGAUGUGCUGCUGACAAACCUCAUCAAGGGGAAUCUGCUUCCCUCUACUCUCCUCUGGAUAACCUCUCGACCAGGAGCAGCCAAUCAGAUCCCUCCUGAAUGUGUAGACCAAGUAACAGAGGUACGAGGGUUCAGUGAUCCUCAGAAAGAGGAGUACUUCAGGAAGAGGAUCAGUGAUCAGAGCCUGGCCAAUAAAAUCAUCACACACAUGAAGUCUUCAAGAAGCCUCUACAUCAUGUGCCACAUCCCAGUCUUCUGCUGGAUCUCAGCCACUGUUCUCGAGAGAAUGUUGGGUGAAGCAGAGAGUGGAGAGAUCCCCAAGACUCUGACUCAAAUGUUCACACACUUCCUGAUCUUUCAGAUCAAACACAAGGACCAAAAGUACCAUCAGAAAUGUGAGCCUGAUCCUCAGCAGACCAGAGCGAGUAUCCUGGCACUGGGAAAACUGGCUUUCCAACAGCUGGAGAAAGGAAACCUGAUCUUCUAUGAGGAAGACCUGAGAGAGUGUGGCAUUGAUGUGAGAGAAGUGUCAGUGUACUCAGGAGUGUGUACCCAAAUCUUCCGAGAGGAGUUUGGGCUUCACCUGGGGAAGGUGUUCAGCUUCGUACAUCUGAGUGUUCAGGAGUUUCUGGCUGCUUUAUACACGUUUAUCUCCUUCAUCAGCAGAAAAGUAACAGAACGACAAACCACUGAUCUGUCUGAUCUUUUCACCAAAUCAAACAUGUCUGAUUUCCUCAGGAGUGCAGUGGACAAGGCCUUACAGAGUGAGAAUGGACACCUGGACCUGUUCCUCCGCUUCCUUCUGGGUCUCUCACUGGAGUCCAAUCAGACUCUCUUACGAGACCUACUGCCCCAGACAGGAAGUAGCGCUCACAGCAAACAGGAAACAGUCGAGUACAUCAAGGAGAAGAUCAGGGAGAAUCCAUCUCCAGAGAAAUCCAUCAAUCUGUUCCACUGUCUGAAUGAAUUGAAUGAUCAUUCUCUAGUGCAGGAAGUACAACGUUACCUGAACAGAGAUGAUUUCAGUCGUCUCAGUGGAGUCAGACUCUCUCCUGCUCAGUGGUCAGCUCUGGCGUUUGUGUUACUGAACUCAGAACAGGAGCUGGAUGAGUUUGAUUUGAGGAAAUAUUACCCAUCAGAGGAAUGUCUUCUGAAGCUGCUGCCGGUGGUCAAAGCCUCCAGAAAAGCUGAUCUGUGUUGGUGUAAUCUGACAGAGGAAAGCUGUAGAGUUCUGUCCUCAGUUCUCAGCUCAAACUCCUCCAGACUGAGAGAACUGAACCUGAGACACAAUAACCUGCAGGAUUCAGGAGUGAAGCUGCUCUCUGCUGGACUGGAGAAUCCACACUGUAAACUGGAGAUACUGAGGUUGUCUGGCUGCAGGAUUACAGGUGAAGGUUGUGCUGCUCUGGUUUCAGCUCUGAGGUCAAAUCCCUCAUCACACCUGAGAGAACUGAAUCUGAACUACAAUAAUCCAGGAGAAUCAGGAGUGAAGCUGCUCUCUGAUCUACUGAAGGAUCCACACUGUACACUGGAGAAACUACAUCUGUGUGAGUGUAAUCUGACAGAGGAAAGCUGUAGAGUUCUGUCCUCAGUUCUCAGUUCAAACUCCUCCAGACUGAGAGAACUGAACCUGAGUCUCAAUAAACUGCGGGAUUCAGGAGUGAAGCUGCUCUCUGCUGGACUGGAGAAUCCACACUGUAUACUGGAGAUUCUGAGGUUGUCUGUCUGCAGUAUUACAGGUGAAGGUUGUGCUGCUCUGGUUUCAGCUCUGAGGUCAAAUCCCUCAUCACACCUGAGAGAACUGGAUCUGAACUGCAAUAGACCAGGAGAAUCAGGAGUGAAGCUGCUCUCUGAUCUACUGAAGGAUCCACACUGUACACUGGAGAAACUAGAAUUGUAGUUUUCAUCCUGAUCUGAUCUGAGUCUCACACACAGAGGAUGAUGAGGAUAGACCCUUACAGUACAAAGUGAUUUGAAAAUCAUCAUCAUUUAGUGAUAAUCAGAUGUGUACAACAUGUCAGCACUUCCACUUCUCUAGUUGUUUGUAAAAAUACACCAGCUGAGAUAAAUAAACUUUAAUGAACUCAACACUCAUAAAUAUUUUCUUAUUAAUAUCUUUUACAGCAAAACAGAACCUGUUAAUGCACAUCGAACAUCAUUUAAUAGUUUUGUAUGUACAGUACGCUUCUGUUUUUCCAUUUACAUGCAGCAGAAGGUCACAUUUAUGUUUAAAACACAUCAUAAAUAUCUUAUAGUAUCAGUUCACUGCAGUAAUUUGAUCAUUGCACAAAGUUACACACUGUUUAUAACUGCGUAAAGUAAAUUAUUUUCCUCCUGAAAUUAUAAAAUUCAGAUGAGAGAAGUUUAAUUUGGUU